AAAAGCAAGUUCAAUAGGGAAUCUCCAUUGAAUGUGUUUUUUAGUCCUAAUCUGUGUAUGGGAAGCCGCCCCUAACUGUUUCUUCUCUAUUCCACAUCCUGUCCCCACUUUUACCAUGAGAAAGGUGACAUGUAUUAGAGGUUAUUAUCAUACUGUGACAGUGCUGAUCUCUGCCCUCAGCUACUCUAACACCAGUAUGCUCCUCUGGUUUCUCUCUCAUAAGUUCUGCCAACUUCUAAAGAUGUCAUAUCAGGUCUGCUGGCCUGUUGUGUGUCCCUGUGCAGCUCACAUGUGCACCUGCCAUCAUGUAGUUGAUUGAAUGCACUGACACUCACAUAACCACACACAUCUCCCUUCUCUUAUAUAGUGUACACAUCACAAUCCUAGCUUUGCUGUGCAAUGAAGAGGCCCCCUUUAGAAGUUAGUUUUUGGUCCACCAAACUGCCAGAAGCAUUACACAGUUCAUUCAGUCCAGACACAAAUACCUACAUAGUUAAAUCUGCCUGCUUCCUUACUACAGCGGGGUAUAUUACAAUGCAGGAUCAAUGAGUUAGCCAGCUAACUUGCUUUAUCAUUCUGAAAUUACUUUUUAUUUUAUUUUUAAAUAUAAGCUAGAAAUGUGCAUGGUUUAAUUGUCUUAACAGCCCAAAAAACGUCUCAGUUUAGCUUUCUUAAUGAAUCAGAAAAUCAAUAGUUCUUUCUGGUUGUUGAUCAAAGUUAUCUGAUCCUGCUUUGUAGUAGAUUCCUCUGGUGAGAGACUGCCAGGUUGUUUAUGUUGGCUGCUGAAUGCAGGUGUAGCUAAGUGGGUCAUGGGGAGACUGUGUUGUAGUCUACUCUAAGGUGUAGUGGUUGUAGUGUACUCUAAGGAUCCAUUCUUCCAGAGCCUGUCUGUGAGGGGCUUACAGUUUUUUUGGUUGUUUUUAUUGAAUCGUGUCACUGACUACACUGCAAACAUCCUGCCUCGUUUGAACCAGAGGACCCAUGUCAACAUCGCAGCACGUCUUAGUUCCACCUACCGGCUCGCUGUUAACCACUAACCAUUAACUGUCCUCGUUUACGGCCCCCGGUGAGUUCAAUUGGGGCGACCGUGGACCAUGUGAGCAUUCAAACCAAUUAUUUAUCCUGGCAGCAGUUUAUGGCCUGGCUCAUCUUCUGGAGAGGGAUUUCUGUAAAUGGGAUCAGACUGCUUACAGGGGAUUAUCAUGACGCACCUCCCCUCUGCCUGGAAUCUGGAGGAUCUUCCUCAACCCUCCUCCAGCCAGGGAAAGGGACAUCACAAUUAGCCUCACCUGUUGAUUUUGACAUUUUUGGAGGGAAAGUUUGGGACACAGGCAAGGGGAAAAAGUGUGACCCUGUGUUCUGUCAUCCGUCUGGAUGAGUUUGGUGAGUUUUCUUUUUAGGGUCCUGCCAUUAUGAGAGAGGAAAGGGCCCUGAAAUAACUCCUCUUUCCUUACCUUUCGUUCUCUCUGGGAUGGAUUACAGAUCAUUGGCUGAGCUGACACUCCUGCCCUGCUGAAACUCUGCUGCCUUGGACAUCCAAAAGAAGGACCAGACCUUCAGACAUUAGAGCUAUAUCUCAUCUCAGUAGUGUAUUUUCCUUUUAGGAAUCUCCCUAAAUUGCCACCAUGGCACUAAUGAAGGUCAAGUUUGACCUGAAGAAGCGGGUGAAACUGGCCCAGUUUGUAUGGCUGAUGUACUGGUUCUCAGUGAUGGCAGGCGUGCUGGUCUUCAGCAUGGGGCUGUUCUUUAAGAUCGAGCUGCGUAAGCGCUCAGAGAUGAUGGACAACAACGAGAGCCACUUCGUUCCUAACCUACUAAUCGGCGUGGGGCUGCUGGCCUGUGGGAUCAACGCCAUGGGAGGCAAGAUCUGCUACGACUCCUUGGACCCUAUCAAGUUCUCCAGGUGGAAGCCUAUGCUCAAACCCUUCCUAGUCUCCUGUGUGGUUUUCAAUUGUCUCCUGGUGCUGACGGCUCUGCUCUGCUUCCUAAUGAGGAUCCCUCUCCAGUUCACGCUGGCCGAGGGCCUGAAGAAUGCCCUGAAGUUCUACAAGGACACAGACACGCCGGGACGCUGCUACAUGAAGAGAACCCUGGACCAGAUGCAGAUGGAGUUCCGUUGCUGCGGCAACAACAACUUCAGGGACUGGUUCGAGAUCCAGUGGGUCAGCAAUCGCUACCUGGACUUCAGUGCCAAGGAAGUAAAAGAUCGUAUCGGCAGCAACGUGGAUGGGAAGUACCUGAUGGAUGCUGUUCCAUUCAGCUGCUGUAACCCCGGCUCCCCGCGGCCCUGCAUCCAGUACCAGGUGACCAACAACACGGCCCACUACUCCUACGACCACCACACCGAGGACCUGAACAUCUGGAAACGGGGCUGCCGCGACGCUCUGAUUUCCUACUACGGAGGCAUGAUGAACAGCAUAGGAGCCCUGGUGCUGCUGGUCACUAUUCUGGAGGUUAUUGUGAUGAUCGGCCUCCAGUACGUGAAUACCUCCCUGUCUAACCUGGCCAACCCAGAGGACCCAGAGUGUGAGAGCGAAGGCUGGAUCCUGGAGAAGACAGUGAAGGAGACGUUUACUGACAUCAUGGACAAGAUGAAAGCCAUGAGUAAAGGCAAUGCAGUGGACGAGGCCGAAGUGGAUGGUGUCGCCACGGGGAGCUGAACAAGACACGUUGACACAAACUGAGACCACUCCCACCGAAGGGAAGAAAGGCAGAUUGAACACCUCCUUUGCAUUUAUUACACAAAAUACACACAUAAUACACACAUACAUGCCCGACACCCACAAUUCUGUCCAUCUGAAGGGAAAACUGAAAUGGACAAAAAUGGACUCUUGAGUACAUGUCAGCACUUACGAUAUUUUGAAUGUACGAAUGCACGAAUGUGUGUAUAAGUUACAUUAGAACCAAUUUCCAAUAUGCCCUCCCCCACUCCAAUACACACAGACUCACACACAAUACACACUUUUUCUAACACUCAUACCUUUUACACACACACACACACACACACACACACACACACACACACACACACACACACACACACACACACACACACACACACACACACACACACACACACACACACACACACACACACCUCCAACCCCAAACUUUGCUACUCUGCUUCAGUUUUCUGUGUGUUUUCUUACAUUCUGUAUAAUUCUGCUCUGUUUCAUAUUUUAUUUUUACCCCAUUUUCUAUAAAACGAGGGAAAAACUAAACACCACCCUUUGUCAUGAAAAUGCAUAAUGUCAGAUGUUUUGCAUUGUACUGUGAAAAUGCAUUUUUAAGAGUAAGGUCAGGAAACCAGGUAUGUUGUGUUUUAUGGAUAAUGUGGGGCUGCGUGGGGCCCGCUCCCCUUCUCAGAGAGGAGGUUAAAGUGGAAAGGUUAAAUGUUCAUUCAUUCAUAGCCCAAGGAAUAUAUUUUUGGGAUCCACCUGUAGUGCAGUUUUUUCUAUUAGAUAAUUCAUAGAAAAUUCCAAAAAAAAGGACUGAAACACCCCAGAUAUCACCUCUUUAAAGUUCUUAAUUUCUAACUGUUCAUUUGAGAGAUGGAGGAGGGCUGGAGACUCCUGGGCUGGAAGAGGUGGAACCAUUUCACCCUAACCCGAUUUUGUUGAAGUUUGGGGAGGAGGGCUGGAGACUCCUGGGCUGGAAGAGGUGGAACCAUUUCACCCUAACCCGAUGUUGUUGAAGUUUGGGGAGGAGGGCUGGAGACUCCUGGGCUGGAAGAGGUGGAACCAUUUCACCCUAACCCGAUGUUGUUGAAGUUUGGGGAGGAGGGCUGGAGACUCCUGGGCUGGAAGAGGUGGAACCAUUUCACCCUAACCCGAUGUUGUUGAAGUUUGGGGAGGAGGGCUGGAGACUCCUGGGCUGGAAGAGGUGGAACCAUUUUAUGCUAACCCGAUGUUGUUGAAGUUUGGGGUGGAGGGGCUAAAGGAGACGUGGCGGGGGUGAACCAGGGGUGACCCCAAAGUUGAGGACAUUUGAGACUGGCAGCUAAACCCCUGGCCUCUGACCCCUGAACUCUGACCCCAGCCCUCUGCUCUGUGAGGUCACUCAGCAGGUCCAAUCAGCAUUCUCUUAUUGGAUUAUCAAGAGCUACUGUACAUACCUACAUGCUCAUAGACCAACACCCAGGCUACUGUUGUCUUUGUAAAUAGUAUAGUAUUGAUACAUAACUUUUUUUAAACAGUGUAAUUCAUUUAAAUUAUUUUAUUUACUGUAAAGAAAAUGUUUUGCUAUGAGAAAUCCUUCUGUUUUUCUUUCUGUAUGUUGUGUAGAAGGAUGAUGAUGCCAUUGUGUAAAUGAAAAUGUUAAUAAAGGAAGCUAGCCCUGUGAAGUAGAGUUGGA